GGUCCACAUAGGUUAGUAUUGCAACGUGCUGUGCGUCCUCAAAAGACUCUGGAAAACCGUGUUUCGAAUUCGCCAUAAACUUGCCGGCAAGCAUGGCAGCGUCGAUGCCGUCCCUUCUAGACGAAGACCCGCAGGGUCGACCUGGUGCCGAGGAACCUGCCAACAGUCCCAAGUUCCUGCCCGAUCUUAGCGACUCAGAUUCCAAUGAAGAACAGAGAGGCAAGAAAUCACCUCCCGAACCCGAAGUCGGGACGCUGGUGCCACCUCCGGGGGCGGCCGUUGAGGUGGUCGCCUCGCACUACAACGCCAUCGAGAACGCCGGCCUGGAGGCGCGAAAGGAGACACGCAUCUUCUACAUGCGCAACUUCAACAACUGGGUCAAGAGCAUGCAAAUUGGCGAGUACCUGAAGAGGAUCAGGGGGAAGGGCACCUCAGCCAUCAGGGUGCUUGACCUGGGCUGCGGCAAGGGUGGCGACCUGCUUAAGUGGAUGAGGGGCAGCGUCAGCCACGUAACCUGCGCCGACGUCGCUGCCGUUUCGAUGGAGCAUUGCGAAUCCAGGUAUUCGGACAUGAAGAAAAAACAGCGAGGACCUCUUUUUUCGGCCGAGUUCAUCACCUGCGACUGUACCAAGGAGCUCCUCAAGGACAAGUUUGUGGACAAGCAGGCCAAAUUCAAUCUGGUCAGCUGCCAAUUCGCCUUCCACUACUGCUUCGAAAGUCUGCAGCAAGCCAACUGCAUGAUGCAGAAUGCGGCGGAAAAACUUGAAAUUGGUGGUUACUUCAUCGGAACCAUUCCGAAUGCCUAUGAGAUUGUGAAGAGACAUAAGGCUGUUCAGAAGGACACUUUUGGAAAUGAGGUGUACCAGAUAACCAUGCAAGAGUCGAGCUCUGGGUAUCCCCUAUUUGGUGCAAUGUACAACUUCCACCUGCAGGAUGUGGUGGAGUGUCCUGAAUUCCUGGUGCAUUUCCCAACUUUGGUCAAAUUGGCAGACAAGCACGGGCUGAAGUUGGUCGAGAAAAUGACCUUCCCUGAGUUUUACGAUAAAACCCACCAAGACGGACGCUUUCUUUUGCAAAAAAUAAACGCUCUAGAAACUUAUCCACCCGGCAGUGAACAGACUCUGUUAGGCAAGGACGAAGAUUACGAUCACGCUAGGGAGCACCUGAAGAGGCACCCCAGGGCCCAGAGUUUAGGCACCCUGUCCAUGUCCGAGUGGGAGGCGACCUCACUCUAUUUGGUCUUUGCAUUCCAAAAGUGCACCAGACAGUUAAACCUGGACGACUAUCCAGAAGCUCCAAAAAAGAAAUCGAAAAAGUGAUCUGAUACAAAUGUGUUGACAUGAAUUAUGCUUACGGACUCCAUAGUGUACGGAAUAAA